AUGUCUACCCCAGCCUAUCCCACCCGUACCUUCGCCGGUGUCACUCUCAUCGACACCCCGCUGGUCCAAAAAGCUAUGGAGUACACCCGUCAUCAUAACGACACCUUUUCAUUCAACCAUACCUACCGGUCCUGGAUAUUCGGCGUCAUCAUCGCAUCCAAAAUCCCGGCUUUCUCCGCUAUCGACGCCGAAGUCCAUGCCGUCUCUGCCCUCCUACACGAUCUCGCGUGGGACUGUACCACCAGCCCCUUCGCCACGCCAGACAAGCGUUUCGAAGUCGACAGCGCCAACGCCGCGCGAGACUUCCUUGACCGAGAAGCCCCCAACUUCGACGCUCGAAGGCGUCAACUCAUCUGGGAUAGUAUCGCGCUACACACGACGCCAAGCAUUGGGCAUCAUAAGGAGCCCGAGGUCGCGAUCUGUAAUAUGGGCAUCUUUGCGGAUUUCAAGGGCCCGCAAUUCCCUGGGGGUUUGAUCUCUAAGGAAGAAUACAAUGCCGUGGUGCAGGAAUUACCGGCGGAUGGGUUCCAGGACGGGGUCAAGAAGCUGAUGUGUGGGCUAUGUGAGAAAAAGCCGGAGACAACCUACGAUAAUUGCGUGCGGGACUUUGGGGAAAGGUUUGUGAAGGGAUAUGCUUUAGGGAAUAGGAAUGCAGUGGAAAUGUUGAUGGAGAAGAUUGAGCAUUGA